GCGCAGGCGGAGUCGGCGCGGAGGCGGGGGUCCGGGCAGGAGCCGUCCUCGGGGCCCCCUCUCCAGACCCGACCGGCCGGGCCGCGGGCUAAGCGCGCCCCUCUCGCUCCCCAGCCCGCGGCGCCCGCCAUGGCUCACGCCGCCCGUCGCAAGCGCUCGAGAAGUCGCAGCCGGUCGCGGGGGCGAGGGUCGGAAAGCAAAAGGAAGGAGAGUGGUUCGGACGCCUCGAGGAGCUGCGCGGCCUCGGGGUCCCGGGGGCCAAAGGCCAGCGCCACCCCCGGGGCGGAGGAGAGAAGCAAGCGCAAGGCCCGGAGGAGACCUCGAGCCAGCUCCUCCUCCUCCUCUUCCAGUUCUUCUAGCUCCUCUUCCUCCUCGUCCUCCUCCUCCUCCUCCUCCAGUGAUGGCCGGAAGAAGCGGGGGAAGCACAAGGAUAAGAAGCGGAAGAAGAAGAGGAAGAGGAAGAGGAAGAAGAAGCUGAAGAAGAAAGACAAAGAGAAGGCGGAGGUGCAGCAGGCCGAGGCUCUGCCCGGGCCCUCGCUGGACCAGUGGCACCGAUCAGCCGGGGAGGAAGAGGAUGGCCCAGUCCUGACUGAUGAGCAGAAGUCCCGCAUCCAGGCCAUGAAGCCCAUGACCAAGGCGGAGUGGGACGCCCGGCAGAGCGUCAUCCGCAAGGUGGUGGACCCGGAGACGGGACGCACCAGGCUUAUCAAGGGUGAUGGAGAGGUCUUAGAGGAAAUCGUAACCAAAGAACGACACAGAGAGAUCAAUAAGCAAGCCACCCGAGGGGAUGGCCUGGCCUUCCAGAUACGAGCCGGGCUGCUUCCCUGAGGGCUCCAGCUGCUCUGGGCCUGUGGACUGCUGAUGGCAGGUUGGACUCAGGCCUCUGGGAGGGGGCGGCUAGCCUGAUGGGCAUACCUGUCUACCUGUGGGGGGCCCAUGCUGGCCCAGUGGCCUCUCAGGAAGGGGUAGAGGACUGGAUCACUAGCCCUAAUGCAUCUGAAGAGUGCUGCAUCCCAAUAUUAAAUGAAUAUUAAAUGUUCCCUGGCCACAGA